AUGUCUGAGCCUUUGGAGAUGAUGUUGGCCCUGCCGGACCAGAGCCUUUUCGGCUUCCCGCCCACCAACAACCCAACUCCGAUCCCGCCUACUCAUGAGCCCAACUCCGUUAUGCAUCCUUUCAACAUCCCCGAUAAUCUUUUCGUCUCUGCUCUCGACCCCAAGGUCCCCCUUUCCAUCGCUAUCACAUAUGCAGUCACAAUCAAGCUGCUCAACAGGCUCAACAAGUCUCGCAAUAAGAAGCCCUGGGGCAUCAGCAAGACCACGCCCUUUGGCGUCUUUGUCAUUCUCCACAACAUCUUCCUCGCUGUCUAUUCAGCAUGGACCUUCUGGGGAAUGUUGGGUGGAAUGCGACGAAGCAUCCUCAGCCCAAUGGGCCCAAUGGGUUGGGCAGGCACUGCGGACAGCUUCUGUCGCCUCCAUGGUGCUCCUGGCCCUGGAAAUUCGGUUUUCUACGAUGAGGCUACCUCGAGCUUCGUCAGUGCCACCCAGGGCGCUGCCAUGGUUGAUGGCUUCCCCGAUAAGAGCCAAGCUGGCCGCAUGUGGAACGAGGGCCUCGCCUACUAUGGAUGGAUCUUUUACCUGAGCAAGUUCUACGAGGUUCUCGAUACCUUCAUCAUCCUCGCCAAGGGCAAGCAGAGCUCCGUGCUCCAGACCUACCACCAUGCCGGCGCAAUGUUGUGCAUGUGGGCUGGUAUGCGCUUCAUGUCUGCUCCGAUCUGGAUCUUUGUUCUUGUGAACUCCUUCAUUCACUCCUUGAUGUACACUUACUACACCCUCACAGCCUUCAACAUCAGAAUCCCAACUAUCAUGAAGCGCACUCUCACCAGCAUGCAAAUCACACAGUUCGUCCUCGGCGGCUCAUACGCCAUGAUGCACUCGUUUGUGUACUACGUCGCACCCGUCACCGUCACCCGUGAGACAGCUGCACCUACUGCCGGGUCCGCCCCUGCAGCCGAGUCGCUCGCCGCCGGCACCUUCGACUCGCUCAAGAAGCUCGUCUUCGGCGGCGAGGGCGACGGGACCCAGAUUCCCCACGGCUCCAUCAGCGCCUCCACAACCACCCAGACCUACUACAUCACCCAGGGCUGCGUUGCCACCACCGGGGAGUCCUUCGCCAUCUGGCUCAACGUCCUCUACCUCGCGCCCUUGACCUACCUGUUCGUCAGCUUCUUCAUCGCGAGCUACGUCAAGCGCAGCAACGCCGCCCACAAGUCUAAUGGCAAGACCUCUCGCCGCCUGAGCUCUAACGUCGUUAUGGCCGAGAAGGCUGGUUGGGAUGCCGCCAAGAGCAUCGAGAAGGAGGUCUACGGCGGCGAGAACAUGCUCAACGGCAGCGCUAUCGCCGAGGACUCGCCCCAGCGAUCCAACGGCAAGAGCCGCCGCAGGGCGUAA